AUGGCCUGUUUGAAAAGUAUAUUUUCUAAGAAGAAGGCCCUGAGAGGAAAUGAAACCGUGGUGCUGACAAAAGAGUGUAGUACACUGGUGCAAAAGAGGUUACCUCAAAAAUUUCCAAAUCCCGAAAGCUUCCUAAUUCCCUGUAGUAUAGGUACCAUCACAUUUGAGAAGGCACUUUGCGACCUUAGAUCAGGCAUAAAUCUGAUGCCUCUCUCUGUGAUGAAGAAGCUGGGGAUUCAAGAGGUGCAGCCCACAAGAAUCUCAUUGGAGGUGGCAGACAAGUCCCUGAAGCGGGCAUUUGGAGUGGAGGAGAAUGUCCUUGUAAAGGUUGAAGACCUUUACCUCCCUGCGAAUUUUGUGAUACUUGACACUAGAGAGGAAAAGGAUGACUCCAUCCUCCUAGGAAGGCCAUUCCUAGCUACUGGGAGAGCCUUGAUUGAUGUAGAGAGAGGAGAGUUAGUCCUGAGGAUGCAUGAGGACCAUUUGUUGUUCAAAAUUACUAAGCAUCAACCUCUCGCAGACAAAAGUGGUACUAGCAUAUAG